GGUAGAGUUUUAUUUUUGGUAGGGUCGCUUAUGGCUGAGUCGUAUACCUGCCCGCAAAUACUCUUGCUUCCGACGACAUUAUUAUUUGUGUACAUGCUUAAUUAUAGUUGGUUGUAAACCCAAUUGAAUCAAUAUGCAUAUAUAGGUAUACCCUACACAUAUGUAUGUAUAGUUAGUAGUCAAAGCAAGUAAGAACAUAAAAUCGUGUAUAACUACAAGUACGUAUAUAACUUAAAAUUUUUACACUAAACGACAAAAAAUUAUCGUUUGGAUUCAUAUCCAUUUAUAAGAGUUUAAUAAAGUAGUAAAGCAUACAACGGUGGUUUAAAUUUUCCAAUCCGACCAUGGAUUCUCUUGCAAAUUAUUGCAGUGAUGGGGAAAAUAGCAACGAUUCAGGCGACGCUCAACCAUCAAAUGAAAAGAAGUGUCGUAUCCGUGAAAGAAAAGCCAGUGACGUCAACUACGAUCCAGUUCAAAUGGAUAUGAGUGAGGAGAGUAACAACAAUAACUCUUUUGAUGAUUCGGAUAACGAUGACAGAACUUGCAAUCCACCGAUAUUGAAUCACCAGGCAUCGAGUGCUGUAAAAUCAGAUUCAACACGCUCUCGUCCCUCUCCCUCAGACCAGAGGCGUGCAGACCAUGAUAGCUCAAAAUCAAAUUGGUCAGGCGAUCUCAAACGAUCUGAUAAAAAUUAUCGAAUACGAAAUUCGGAAGAAAAAUGUCGCCGAUCAUCAAAUGACAGAAAACAUCGCGAUUCCGAUUAUAAAGAUUCUAAAAAAUCUCGAGAUGAUGAUAGAAGACAUCGUGAUGAAGAUCGUCGAGAUCGUAGAGAUAGAAAUUCAUCUAGCCGACAUUCUUCGGGAAGAGAAGACAGACAAGAUGAGCAAAACAGGCGAUCAAAAUAUAGAGAUCGAGAUCAAAGGCAUUCUAGAAGUGAUAGAACAAAAGAACGUUAUCGGGAUGAUCGUUCCUCAUAUCAAAAAGACAAAGAUCGUGCAAGAUCUCGAUCGAGAUCGAAAGAACGUUCAUCAUUACCUUCUCGUUCAUUGAAUUAUCGUGAAGAAAAAGGAAGAAGUAAAUUAGCUCAGUUAGAAAAACUUGGUAUUGAAUUGAAAACUCCCGAAUGUACAGUAAAUAAUCCAACUGUCCAUGGUGAACAAAGUUUUUAUAAUCCACUGACAACUGCAACUCAGGGGAAAUAUGCCGAGCAAAUUCAAAAACGUAAACUUUUGUGGGCAAAUAAGUCGAAACAAGAAGAAGGUAAAAGUACGCCUGCAGUCAAUUCAAAUACAUGGAUAGGAACGACAUUUACUCAUGAUCAAGAUGGAAAACUUUCAGCUAAAUUUAAACGAUUGAUGGGUAUUAAAAAUGAAGUACUUACUGCACCAACGGCAGGACAAAAACCUGAAAUUUUAAAGAAACAAGAAGAAAUGUUUAAUAAUAUGGAACAACAGUACGAAGUUGCUCGCGCAACAACACAUACUCAACGUGGUGUUGGUCUCGGUUAUGCUAGCAGCGGUUAUCAAUUUCCAAGAUAGUUUGUUUAAUUUUUUUUUUUCUCUCUUAAGUUUACAAAUAAAGUGAUGAGACAGACUUAUUUUCAAUAAAUGAAGAAUAGUAAAAAUAAAUUUAAAAAAAUUAUGAUUUUAGUUAAUCUGCGAGUUUAUUAUUAUGAAAAUAUGAUGCAUCUAUAAAUUAUUCGACAAAUGUAUAAGAUUGUCAAUACUCUAAAUAAUAGUAUAAGAGUGUUUUGAAAUUUACUAAAGUAUUAUAAUAAAAUGAAAAUAUAUCUCAUGA